AUGGAUGAGCAAGAUCGCACACGUCUUGGUGGGGACAAACCAACGGAACGAAAGGAGAGCACCGGAGGGUCUGGGUCUGUAAAGCAAACACCGUCAGAAGGGCAAUCCGAAGCGACGGCCAACACAAGUGCUGCCCGCGCUCGAGAUCGUAAAAGGAGAACCAAGACAGGUUGUUUGACUUGUCGGAAACGGCGCAUCAAAUGUGGAGAGGAAAAGCCACGAUGCAAUAACUGCAUCAAAGCAAAGCGAGAUUGCGAAGGGUAUACGCAGAGAGUCGUCUUCAAAAAUGCGCAGGGUCCCUUCGGCGCGGAUUAUGACCCAAGGGUUCCUGCCAACUUGCAAGCCCCCGUGACGCACUUUCCUCAACUACCACCACAAGUACAACUCCAACAGCUGCAACAACUUCAACAAUUUCAACAACAACAACAACAACAACAACAAGACCAGUCUAUCUCUGGCCAGGCACUCAAUCGUCAACAGCGCUUGCUUGCGCCUCGACUUCCUUACGUACCGCCUACAGUUCUCCCUAAUGCCACGGCUCUGCCCAUUCACCAGCAGCAACAACAACAACCCUUGCACUAUCAUACAAUCCCCCUUCAAACUCCUUCGCAGGCAGAACCGAUCAUCGCUCCUCAGUCCAUCCAUGCCCCGACAGGUGACUUCACGAGCCAUGUCCAUACAUGGUCGUCGGCAGAUCAGCUUACCUACCUGGCGCUGCCCGAGACUACGAACGCGUUUCAAAGCAGCCAUGAUGGUGCAUUCCAAGCUCAGACGACGGCGGAAACCAUACCACUGUCUCACCAACAUAUGGACACCAAUCCAGUGUCGAUAGUUCAGCAAGACCCAGCCGUGCAAAGUAUGGCAGAAACUAUCGGGUUUUACACCGACGAUACCUUCCAACAAGCUCAGGUCUACUACGCGUGGGAUGCCGAACAGGAAGCCCUGAUACCGACGAUCUAUGCCCCUGAAGACUUGGAAGAUGAUUAUUACGACGUUGAUUCCGACGACGACCAACAAGCCGUGACUGAAGAAGAGGGCUAUAAUCAGAUGAGCCUCAUCAUGGCUUCGGCACAUCAGGAUGUCAUGCGAUCGUAUAAUACCUAUCUCAACGAGCCAUACAUCCUUGCGUCGUAUCAGCCUUCAAUGGGUUCUUCGCCGCUCAACAAUCCCAAAACAGCGCGAAUUUGGGUGCAUUUCAUGCACGCAACUGCCCCUGCCAUCUCGAUCAUGGAGCGACAUAACGCGAAUCCGACACCUUUUUUUGGCGGACCAGUACCUGCGUCACAGCAAGGGCUAUGGAGCUAUAUCAUGCCUCUGAAAUCGCUCGAGCAUCCCGCGCUGUUACAGUCAAUCCUGGCCAUUAGCAGCCUCCACAUUGCCAGACUGCAACAGAGUCAUUUUACGAUCACUUUUAAGCAUUAUGAGUACGCGCUCAGAAAAGUUUCCAAGGCCGUGGGCCUCCCUUUGCGUCGAAAACAAGUAUCUACUCUUGCUGCCACGCUACUUCUUGCUUUUUACGAAGUCACUGCAGCGGAUCAUACGAAGUGGGAUAGACAUCUCGCCGGUGCCGCACAGCUCUUGAAAGAAAUCGACUUUGCAGGCAUUACACGGGAUCUUAGGGCUUAUCGUCGAAGUGUCAGGUCUCAAAAACGUGACUGGACGGGAUUACAGGAUCCCUUUUCAUCAUAUAGUUAUGCUGAAGACGACCCAUAUGCGGAGAGAGAGUCGGAAGUAGAUGCCAGAGUUGUAUCCCGAUUUACAGGAAGAACUAUUGAUUACGAUCAAAUCGGGCGUGUGGAUAUCUACCCAAAGGUCAAGAAGAGGCACUUUUCACGAAAGGAUAUUGAAACCUUUCGACUACAAUGCGAUCUGUAUUGGUGGUACGCGAAGCAGGACUUUUUUCAGAGUAUGCUUAGUGGUAACAGAUUGCUUACCCCGAUCGAACGGUGGGAUGCAAUUCCUCCUCGUGCGGGACUCGGCAAAGUAGACGCAAUAUAUGGCAGCUGGGACCACCUUGUUCUUCUUCUGGCUCGCAUGAUGGAUUUUGGAUAUCGAGAUCGCAAGAGAAAACUCCAAAGUCUUGAGGCUACUGGAGGUGAUUGGCGUCCGCAUCCUGGUUUUUUCAAGUUUGUCGGUCGGUUUGCACCCAACCCCCAAGGGGGGGGACCCGGAGGUCCACCUUCUGGGAUGGGACCUCCGCCCAAGAGACCACAAGGGCCUCCUGGUGGUAACAACCCGCCACCACACAACCAAAGCUCUACACAGAAACCUAUGUAUGGCAUGACGCCUACAGGAAGUCCCGUCCCACCUCCCACUGCGUUUACUACAAUGGGCGAAUCCCCACCGUAUUCAGGCUUCGUGCAUGAUGAUGAAGACACAACAUUGGAAGAAGCGGAGGCCGAAUGGGAACAUAUACUGGCUACUUAUGAGUAUUAUGAAAGCCAAUUGGGAGAAGGCUUUGCGCCGUUGCCACCAGAUACUACAACACCAGUCAGUUCGCCGUUUGGCCCAGCGAUACAAUUUCGAUCUCAUAGCAUUGCUGUGCUCUGGGGAUACUACUAUGUUGGUAGGAUAAUACUCAACCGCCUGCACCCGAGUAUGCCCCCAGCCGCAAUGGUGGCUGCGACAACAGCAGCUUCCACGACAUCUCGUUUUGCUCAGACCAUUGGAAGGAUAGCUGCGGGUGUAUAUUAUCCGCAACUAUACGUCCAGGAGGUUGGCAACCUGAACCCAAAUCUAGGUGGUGCAUGGAUACAGGCCACUAUGACUCUGUUUGUUGCUGGAAUUCAAUAUACAGAUGCCAUACAGCGCGACUGGACUGUGUCGACUCUUCAAGGUACUUCUCGUGUGACAGGAUGGCAGUCUGCCGAUGCGAUUGCAGCUGGCUGCGAAGCUGCAUGGAUUCGCACGGCUGCGGCAGGACGUGGGCCGCCGUAUGUACGAAGGCCAGAGUUUCCGGAAGUGGAUAAACAACUAUAUACCCGUCGAAUCGUAAAAGGCGAUGGACAGCUCGCACCGGAUUCAAACUAUGAGAGGCGCUUUGUCAAGGUGGAAAAACGGCUACGAGGAUACUAUGCAAUGGGGCUUUUGGAGUUGGAGAGUGAUCUUGACGGGCUUAAUCUUGACCCCGAGUCUCACCCAGCCAGAAGACCUUGGGCCAAGGUGGUUACCCAUCCAUCAUUCUGUCAACUUCCAAGUUUCAAGAACCGCAAAACACAGCCCAAUUGCUGCCACCCAUCCUUACGAACAUGUCUUGACGAAAUGCCUAUAUGUAUCGAAUGCUCCUACCCGGUCUCACACCUCUACACUUCUUAUAGCAAAGCCGAUGAUCGCGCGCUCGGCAAAGGGGUGCGUCUGACGCAAUGUCCGCGCUGCAAGCGGUUCGCCGAUAAAUAUGUUGAGCAUGAUAAUGUGGUUUUGUUCAUUGAUUUGGUGCUUAUAAAGCCUCAGGUUUAUCGGCAUUUAUUGUUUAAUCAGUUGGGGAGGGAUGAUAAGGCUUUUGAUCCCUCGAUUAUACGUCUCGGCGUACUCCUGCUCUUGUUCGAUGUGUAUUUGACGUGGGCCCGAAUCGAGAAAUCGUCUACCCUCGCAUCGACAUCGUUAUCCACGGCUCCAAUUAUCGUGCAAUACCUGUUUUUCCUUACGCUCAAUGCGUCGGCGACACUGGCUCAUCAUUUGGUAGUUCGUCUGGGGGCUUCGAUUAUAUCGAAACGAUCGCAACAAACGUCUUCAUCGCUUGCCGCUGGGGUAGAUGAGACGCCGUCGACGCCUACUGUUGCGACGAGUUUUAUCUCGGCAUCUGCGAAUGUGAGUAGGUCGCCGUCAAGUCUGGAUAUGCGAGGCUUGCAUCCUUCGGCGUCGGCAUACAGUACCGGAAAUGCAUCUACAAGUGGUUACGGCCCCUCGUACUGGCCUCCUGAUCCCUCUUCACCUCCAGGGCAAGGGCUACAAACACAAUUACGCCGCGUAUCAACUUCGCCUGCUCAAUUCCAACCCUUACCUCCACCAUCACCUCCAAGCGCCAAUGCCGUCAGCACAGCGUUGUUUGUUAGCAGUUGUCCCAAACUCUUUCCCAUCCUCAUGGUGAUAUGGGGAUCGAAAGAAGUCGCGGUUCCCGAGGGAGGAAGUUCGACGGCUGAUAGUCCGGCUGUCAGCAUGUUGCACAAGGCAUUCGCAACUGUUACGUCGUCUUUAUCGAUGCCGAGUGGGUCGGAACUACUGGCACAAUCCGAAGCCCAUAUUAGCACAGCCGCCGGCAGCACCACCGCUAGCACCGCCUCGACGUCACUCUUCAGCAUCUUUGGGCACCCCUCCGCAUUCCUCUCGACGCUCACAUCUGCAUUCAAUAUGCCAUCUUUAAUGUCAUUUUUAUCGCUAGGAACGGCAUCGGCGCAUCUGGUGCUGCUGAAUAAUAUAGAAGCGCUUUAUAUUCUGCUAGAUUGUGGGUAUUUGAGGGCUAUUGCUCUUGCUGUUGCCGGUCAGCUUGCAAGGUGGUUGGUGGAAAAGUUGAUUUUGGGGCUUUUCGGGAUUUAUUGA